AUGGAUCAAUUCGUCUAUUUUGAUGGAAAUGAUCACAGAAUCAUUGGUCCUAAAGGCACAGCUCGUUGCUUCUGUUCAUUUCCGGAUCCUCAUAUUAGCAAUAUCACUUGCUUCGUCGAUCAGGUUCUUGGCACAGGUUUGCUAGUAUUCUUUGUAUGCGUGGUGAUCGAUAAAAGAAACAAAAUCCCGGAUGCGGCUCAUCCUUGGCUGUUUGGAUUUGUGCUGGUCAUGAUCGGAACGUGUUGUGGAAUGAAUCUUGGAUAUCCAAUCAAUCCUGCUCGCGAUCUUGGACCUAGGAUAUUUGCCCACUUCAUUUAUGGACCGGAAGUGUGGACGUUUCAUGACUAUUACUUUUGGAUACCUAUUAUUGCUCCUUUGUUUGGCGGAGUAUUUGCCGGGUGGCUGUACCAUGUUUGUGUUGGAGCUCACAUUCCGGAUCCACCAGAAUUCAAAGCCAUCAGGAAGAGAAGAAAGCCGAAACCUGCACUAACACUAAGCGCUGCUGAUGACACUGUCAGUAAGGAGACGGGUGUAGAGGCAAAAAAGUAA